UGUAAGUCUUAAACAUCAUUCAGCUUAAUUCAAUACCUUCAAAAGAAUUUCAAAAUGGGUAUCCGCUUGCCUGGAAUUGUCAAUGCUAAACAAAUUCUGAAGCGAAUUCUCUUGUCAGAGGAUACUUCUAAUGUGCCUAAAGGCCACUUAGCAUUUUAUGUUGGAGAAACUCAAAAAAAGCGAUUUACCGUUCCGAUUUCAUAUUUGAAGCAUCCUUCAUUCCAGAACUUGUUAAGUCAAGCUGAAGAAGAGUUCGGAUUUGAUCAUUCUAUGGGUGGUCUCACAAUUCCAUGCAGUGAAGAAGUCUUCACAGGUCUCAUUUUAAGCAUGUAGUUCUUAUGACGGAUACCAAAUAUAGCACAGCUCAGAACUCCUACGUAACUGAAGUAGCCUCUGCAGCAAUUUUGGACUAAGGAUGACUAAGGAUAGAAAGCAAUAUACUUCGUUCUUUGUUUUUAACACUUAACAUCAUGUAAUUUUAAUAUUUACGUGUUUUUAAUUUGAAGCCAAUUCUACCAAUCUUAACAUCUCAGUUUCUCUAUGUUCUUUGCCACGAAUCCUGUAUUUAUGAUGGCAGCUUACAACUGAAGUAUUUUACACGAAGCUGUGUUCAUACUAACCGAAAAGAUUUUGCCGAA